UAAUCGGUUGCUUAAGUGUUAUUAAAUUGAAAGUUUUACUACUUAAAAUAGCGGUACCAAAAAGUAUACAUUGUAUUCUGCAUUUUUGGUUUUCUUUGUUGUUCUGAAGAAAGAGUUAUCAUGAAAGACUUUUUGGAAAACGACAAAAUCGUUAUCACAGGAAUUUCGGGAAAGUUUCCGCAGUGCCAAAAUGUGGAAGAGUUCACAGAAGCGCUUUUAAGUGGAGUAGAUUUGGUAAAAGAAGAUAAUAGUACAAGAUAUCCAGCAGGAAUAUGGGGAGUUCCCAAAAGAGCUGCUACUGUUUUAAAUAUAGACAAAUUUGAUGCGGCCUACUUCGGCGUCCAUCCUAAGCAGGCAGCUUUAAUGGACCCAAGACAACGAAUACUUCUAGAAACAGUAUACGAAAGUAUAAUUGACGCCUCCUAUAAUCCAAGAGAACUAAGGGGUUCCAAAAUUGGAGUCUAUGUUGGAAUAGGUAAUUUUGGCAAACAAGAAGAAUUCAAAGCUCUACCCAACACAGGCGGUUACACCAACAUCGGUCUUAACUUAUCCAUGGCCGCAAACAGAAUAUCGUACUGUUUUGAUUUUAAAGGUCCAAGUCUUGUGCUAGAUACAGCGUGUUCAAGUUCUUCCUAUGCGUUUGUCUGCGCCAUCAAGGAUAUGAUGCUAGGUGAAACUGACGGUGCUAUAGUAUGCGGUACACAUUUGCUUCAACAUCCCUUUGAAACGGCUGAGUUUAUGAGGUUAAAUAUGCUAUCGCCAGAUGGAAAAUGCAAAGUUUUUGCAACUGACCGGAAUGGCUAUGUUAGAGCAGAAAGUGUAGUCUCUUACUUUUUGCAAAGAGAAAGUAAAAGUAGAAGAAUAUAUGCCACAGUUAUUGGAGCCAAAUCCACUGUCGAUGGUUACAAGAAAGAAGGAAUUACAUUCCCUUCUUCCGAAGAACAAUAUAUUUUAAUGAAAGGACUGUACGAGUCUGCAAAUAUAGACCCAAAUGACAUUCAGUUUGUUGAGACACACGGCACUGGUACCCCAUCUGGUGACUUAGUGGAAUGUGAAGCUCUUGCAAAACAUUACUGCCAAAAGAGAACAAAGCCUCUACUGAUUGGAGCUGUUAAAUCUAACAUGGGUCAUUCAGAAAUUACGUCAGGACUCUGCUCUUUGACAAAAGCUAUUAUUGCGAUGGAAACAGGCAUUAUCCCAGCGAAUCUUCAUACUGAAUCCUUAGAUAAUUCUUUGCCUGGAAUAAGAGAUAACAAAAUUAAGGUAAUUACGGAAAAUACAAAAUUUCUCGGUGGAUGUAUCGGAGUAAAUUGUUUUGGAUUCGGAGGAGCAAAUACACAUAUCAUCAUAGAUUCCAAUAAAAGGGAGAAAUCUCCCAUAAAACAAAAACGACCCAAAAACCGUUUAGUCCAGGUGUCAGGAAGAACAGAAGAAGCAGUUUUACAUUUUUUGGAAGGCGUGGAAAAGAACCAAGAUGAUUCAGAAUUUUUAGCCAUGGUAGACGAGGUUCAUAAGUUUAAUGUUGAUGGACACAACUAUAGAGGGUAUAUAGUAUUGGGAGACCGCCCGACUAAAGAAGUUGAACGAUAUAAUAAACCACGCCCAAUAUGGUUCGUAUAUACUGGCAUGGGAUCACAGUGGAACAAAAUGGGUAAAGACUUAUUGAAUAUCCCUGUCUUUAAAAACACCAUGAACCGUUGUGCUAAAGCGUUAGAGCCUUAUGGGGUAGAUUUAAUAAAUAUUAUAACAAGCGAGGAUCCAUCAGUGUUUGAUAACAUUAUGAACUGUUUUUGUGCGAUAGGAUGCGUAGAAAUCGCUUUAACGGAUGUUUUGUACUCCCUAAACAUUAAUCCCGAUGGAAUAUGUGGUCAUUCUCUAGGAGAAGUUGGUUGCUCUUAUGCAGAUGGACAGAUUUCUUGUGAACAAGCAGCUUUAUUAGUGUACGCUAGAGGAUACGCUUCAACAACUGCUAAAAUAAUUCCAGGACAAAUGGCAGCGAUAGGACUAUCUAAAGAAGAAGUAUCCAAGAUGCUUCCAGAAGGAGUUUUCAUUGCUUGUCAAAAUGCCAAAGAAAACGUCACCAUAUCAGGUCGUCUUGAAGUAACUAAAGCUUUCGUAGAUAAACUAUCGGCACAAGGAGUUUUUGCGAGAUUGGUCAAAUCUGCGGAGAUACCCUUCCACACUAAAUAUUUAGCAGAAGCAGGGAAGUUUCUUCUAAAGUUUUGUAAAAACGUUUUACCUGAUCCUAAACCUCGAAGUAAAAAGUGGAUAUCGAGUUCUGUUCCGUUAAACAAGCAACACGAAGAAUGGUCACAGUACAAUUGCGCUGAGUACCAUUACAAUAACUUCUGCAAUACUGUGCUGUUUGAUCAGGUGUAUGAACACAUACCAGAGAAUGCGAUUGUUAUAGAAGUGGCUCCACAUGGUUUAUUGCAAGCAAUCUUGAAACGAGAAAUGGGAAAAGAAACUACCCAGAUUAGUAUUACUAAUCGGUCUACCGAUGAUAAUGAAAAGUUUUUCCUCUCGUCUAUAGGAAAACUCUAUCUUGCUGGAGGACAACCAAAUUUAAGGAACUUAUACACCGACGUUACGUUUCCAGUUAGUCGUGGAACCAAAAUGUUGUCACCUCUCGUAAAGUGGGACCAUAGUGUAACAUGGUUCUCGGGAUUAUACAAACAUAAAGAUUAUUUUGGUAAAUCGGUAACAGUUAGUCUAUUAGAAGAAGAAUAUGCUUACUUAGAGGGUCAUCAAAUCGAUGGAAGAAUAUUGAUGCCGGCGACUGGAUACUUGGAUUUAGUCUGGAAUAUUGUCGCUGAGUUCCAUCUAAAACCAAAAUGUGAAUUACCGAUUAUAAUAGAAAACGUUAAAUUAAAACGAGCAACAGUACUUACAUCUAACGAUGGAGUAACAUUCCUUAUAAAUGUUUUGAAACAAUCAGGAUAUUUUGAAAUAUUUGAGAGUGGAUCCGUUGUAUGUACAGGAUACAUACGAGUACCCAAGGAUAUAUCAUCAGAAUUUAUAGAGAAAGAAGUCUCAGAAGUACCUCAGGAGAAACAAGUCAUUUUAAAAGGAGAAGAAUUAUAUAAAGAGUACCAGCUGAGAAGAUAUACGUAUAAAAAUUAUUUCCAAGGAAUAAGUCAAUAUGACCUGUAUGGUAGAAGAGGUAGAGUGCAGUGGAAAGGAAAAUUUGCUAGCUUUCUUGAUACGAUGUUACAGAUAGAGAUGAUUAAUACAUACUCAAGAGAUUUGCUUCUUCCUACUGGUAUACAGCAAAUAGCGAUAGAUCCGAUAAAACACUUAGAAAUGGUCAACAAAUGCAAUGAAGAUCUACCCAUCGUCUUUAACGCUGCUCUUGAUCUAAUAAAAUCUGGAGGUGUAGAAAUUAUUGGAACAUCAUUUUCCAAAGCUUCACGUCGCCAGAACGUACAAGAGCCCCCUUCUUAUAAAACUUACAACUUCGUUAGUUAUAGUGGAGUUGGUAAAAAUGAGUUUGAUCUAGAAACAGCAAUGGAUAUAGCAAUGCAAAUAAUCCUACAAAAUAUCCCAGGUCGUGUCAAGAUGAUAAAUAUAUGUGAAAUUACGGCAAGUACGGAUAAUGCAAAAAAUGAUCCUAUUAUUCAGAGUAUUAUAGAUAAACGGAUAUUAAGUGAAAUUGAGUAUUCUACAAUACAAUUAGAGAAUUUAAAAAACAAAUAUCAUGCAAUUGUUGUUGACGAAAAAGAAGUACCAUCCGAAAAUCUAGACAAAAUAGUAGAUAAUUUGACAGCAAAUGGUUUUAUUCUGUUUAAAGGUACAUUCGAAGAACUUAGGAAUAAAUCUUUGGAAGUAGUCUUUGAAUCAAUUAGCGACGAACACAGUAUUUUCCUAUUAAAACCUACAUCUGAUCUACCCAAGGAUUACGCUAUAUUAAAUAUAAGUAACACUAACUUGGAUUGGUUGGAAGAUAUGAAGAUUUUAGACAAAUCUAACGAAGUAAAAACCGUGUACUUGGUCAGCGAAAAUGAAGAUGCUAGUGGGAUACUAGGUCUGACCAAAUGCUUAUUAACUGAAAGAAGCAAACUGAAAUUUUGUUCUGUUUUAAUUGACCGAAAGAUAAAGUUUUCUGUGGACGAUCCUCUCUUUAAAGAUCAGAUAAAGAAGAAUCUGACUUUUAACGUUCUUAGAAAUGAUAAAUGGGGUACUUAUGUGCAUGUGCCUUUAAAAGAAUUGAGUAAACAAAAUGUUGGGAAUGCUGUUGUUAAUAUAAAUAAUCUUGGAGAUUUGUCUACGUUGGAUUGGACAGAAAGACAAUUUGAAGGGAUAAGAGUAUUUGAUGAAUCUGAACUGGUCUAUGUGUACUAUUCUGCUCUUAAUUUUAAAGACGUCAUGAUAGCCACUGGUAAAAUCCAGGCAGAAGGAAUCGAUAGCAUUCCAACCAUGGGCUGUGGUAUUGGAUUUGAAUACGCUGGAGUAACACCUAAAGGUAAACGGAUAAUGGGUCUCAUUGCUGGAGAGGCGUUAGCAUUGCAAGUCCACAAUGAUACAUAUUUUACGUGGGAAGUACCAAAAGAAUGGAGCUUAAAAGAUGCUUGUACGGUCCCUUGUGUUUAUGCAACAUGUUAUUAUGGUUUAAUAAUCAGAGGUCAGCUACAGCCAGGAGAAUCGAUAUUAAUACACGCUGGAACUGGAGGAAUUGGAUUAGCCGCUAUCAAUAUUGCUUUAUCUAUGGAUUGUGAAGUAUACACUACAGUCAGUACGAAAGAGAAGAAACAAUUUUUAAAGAAUACUUUUCCGUCCCUUAAAGAUAAAAAUAUAGGAAAUUCUCGAGAUAAAUCUUUUGAAACCAUGAUUAAAGAAAACACAAAUGGAAGAGGUGUAGAUGUAGUUUUAAACUCUUUAUCGGAUACGUUGUUUCAAGCAUCAAUCAGAUGUUUAGCUGAAGGAGGAAGAUUUUUGGAAAUAGGCAAAGUGGACUUAAUAAACUCAUCUCCGAUACCAACUAACAUGUUUCUUAAAAAUAUUUCUUUCCAUGGAGUACAUCUGGACCAAUUCUUUUAUCCUCAGAAUAAUUUUAAACGUCGUAUUCAGCAGCUGGUAGCAAAAGGUAUCACUGAUGGUGUGGUAAAACCUUUACCAAGUAUUUUGUUUGAAGAAAGUCAAAUAGAGUCCGCAUUCAGAUUUUUGGCGUCUGGUAAACACAAAGGAAAAGUAGUGGUAGAAAUUCGCAAAGAAGAACUGUAUCCUGUAAAUAAACCAAUAAGAAGUAUACCCGCAACUCCUAAACUAUGUCUAGACUCGCAGGAAUCUUACAUCAUAAUAGGAGGUUUAGGUGGGUUUGGUCUGGAGUUAGCAGGAUGGUUGAUUAAGAAAGGAGCUACUAAGAUAGUUAUUAAUUCCAGAAGAGAUGUACUAAAUGGAUUACAGUCGUAUUAUUUAAAAAAAUGGUUGAGUUAUAAAAACGUCAUGGUAAAAAUAGAUACCAAUGAUACCAGUAGUGAGAAAGGAGCAGGGAGUUUGAUUAAUAUGGCUCAAGAGUUAGGUCAUGUAGGAGGCAUCUUUAACUUAGCUAUAGUUCUGAGAGACGAAUUACUCCCAAAACAAACAAAAGAGCACUUUCAAGAUGUAUUUAAGCCUAAAAUCAUAUCAGCCCAAAAUAUGGACAAAUACAGCAGAAGACUUUGUCCAGAUUUGAAACACUUCGUAGCGUUCUCGUCCAUUUCAUGUGGAUGGGGAAAUAUUGCUCAAAUAAACUACGGAAUGGCCAAUUCAGCAGUGGAAAUGUUAUGUGAGAAACGGAAAAGGGACAAGCUACCUGCGUUGGCUAUUCAAUGGGGACCUAUCGGUGAGGUGGGAGUCCUACAAAAAUUGGGAGUAGGAGAAAAAGAAUUUUUCGGCCUCUUACCUCAGAAAGUAGAGUCAUGUUUAAACUCUCUGGAGAGGUUAAUGUUGGACACACAUGCUAUUGUAUCUUGUGUGGUACUUGGUAAAAAACAUGACAAAGCAAGCAUGCAGACCAGCAAGAAGCCAAUAGAAGCCGUAGCUCAUAUUUUAGGAAUAAAGAAUAUCGAUAUGAUCGACAAGUCUCUGACUUUGUCACAACUUGGACUGGAUUCCCUUAUGCUGACAGAAAUUAAACAAACUCUAUAUCGAAACUUCAAUAUAGAUUUAAGCCCUGAAGAGAUUCGAGAGUUAACUUUGAACACUCUCGUUACGGCAGGUUCUACUGAUAAAGAAGAUACUUCCCUUGGUAUUCAAGCGGAAGCCAAUACAUACUUUUUGUCUGAUGAACCCCUUUUAAAAUUAAAGACGUCAGUCAGUUCAAGUAUGAAAAUUUUUUUAAUCCAUCCAAUCGAGGGCCACGUCACUAUUUUGAAGUCACUUGCAAGUAAAUUAAAUGCUACAGUUUAUGGUCUUCAGUCUACAAGUGCCAAUAUGGCGAAUAGAAUGAGUGAUUUUGCAAAGUAUUUUAUUAAAAAAAUUAAAGAGGUGCAACCAAAUGGAGCAUAUUAUUUAUGUGGCUACUCGUAUGGGUGUGUUUUAGGUACUGAGAUGGGCAUACAAUUGGAAAAUGCGGGUGAAAAAGUUGAAAUUGUGUACAUUGAUGGUUCACCAUCAGUUGUUCAUGAAAUUUUGAAAAAAUCACAUAUGAUCAAAGGCUUUAGUAUUGAUGAAUCUAAAGCGGCCGUUUUGGGGUAUUUCUGUACUACAUUUCAGAUUGACCAAAAUGAGGUGAAAAGAUGUCUGAACAAUAAAUCCAGUUAUGAAGAAAAACUAGAUGGUGUGAGUGAACUGAUUUCCAAACUAUCAGGUAUAGAAAAGGUAAAAGUUUUAACGUCCGCAGAUUCUUUUAUUAAAAGAAUUGAAGCAGGUUUUUUCUAUAAACCAUCCGCGAAGUUAUCAGGAAGAAUAUUGUUAAUAAGAAGAAAUGAUAAUCCAUUUGCCACUGAAGAUUAUGACCUUAACGAAGUUUGUGAGCAAUCGUUCGACGUUUUUAAAAUUGAUGGAGACCACAAAACAAUAUUAUUAGGAAAUAAUGCACAGACAGUAGCAGAUAUAAUUCACAAGUUUUACAAACUAUAAUUUAACUAUUUUGUGUGCUUAAAUAGAGAAAUUAUAAAAUUUGCUUUUACAUAUUUGUAAUAAAUAUUAUCUGCUUUACAUUUUAAUAAAGGCACUACACUAGUA